AUGAAGACUUUUCUCUUCCUUCUCUUUAUUCUCGUUGCUUGUUCGGCUGUUACGAAGCAUUUCCGCUUUGAUACAACUGCCGUUUGCCGUGAUCGUGUUACUCAUUCUCUAUUGGAACACUGGUGCUAUCGAGUGGAGAUUUGGCAUGCCUCGACUCUAUGGAACGAGAAGUUGUUCGAAAUGAAAGACACGAUAUGCUCCGAACAAAUGACCUAUACUACCCUUAUUGAAGGAAAUCAUACUUAUCCCAGUGCAUAUGGCAAUAACUACCAAAUCUAUACCAAAAUCUACCACACCUGUACCAUCGAUGGACGUGAACUGAUGAGAAACAGACAAUUCUCCUACAUCCGUGCUAUUGAAGACUCGUUGAACUACACGCUUACUGUGGAUUUGUUUGAAGAUGGAACAGAGAUCCAAAAAACAGAGGCGACGACUGAAAGUGAUCCAGAUGUUUCUGAUAUCUUGACAAUGUUGAAAUAA